AUGACCCCGUGCUGGGAUUACAGUAUGCCCAGCAUUACUGUACCAGUUUGGUCACUAAUGCCCCAACUGUUUGCUGACGCUCUAAUUGUCGGUAUCACGGGGACAUUUUUGACAAUCUCUCUGGUCAAACUAUUCGCAAUCCGAUACAAGACCGAAUUGAACUAUAAUCACGAACUCACCUCUUACGGUGUGAUCUCAAUCGCGUGUGCAUUUUUUGCAAGUUUCGCUCCAGCCGCCAGUGUUUCCCGGAGUGCAGUCUGCGAAGGUGCAGGAGCACGUACACCGUUAAACGGAAUAGCCAGUUCAGUACUCAUCGUUUUCGUACUGCUCUAUUUGGGACCGUAUUUCUCGGUCACACCCACGAUUUGUCAGACAUGGUAUUGUUUCGCACUUGAUAAAUUUGCUAUAGCAUAUCGUCGUGCAACUCGUGUACCCCCAAAACCAAAUCCGAAUAUGUCCAUUUGA